AUGACCAAGAAAGCACUUUCCACGAAGAAAAUCAGUACCAAGGAAGAAGCUUUGAAGCUCUUAAAUCAUUAUGACCAUUUCCUCUUUGAUUGCGACGGCGUGAUCUGGCUUGGGCCGGACAUUAUCCCCGGGGCAGCCGAGCUCAUUGAGCAUUUGACCAAAAUGAACAAAUCGUACGCUUUUGUUACCAACAACUCUUCUGUUUCCAGAGAGAAUUACAUGAAAAAGUUUGAGAAGCUUGGAAUUUCAAACGUAGCGAAGAACUUGAUCUUCCCCUCGUGCUAUGCUGCUGCUCUCAUUCUCAAAAGAGACUUGAAAAUUCCCGAGGGUUCCAAAGUAUGGGUGCUUGGUGACGAGGGAAUCGAAACGGAGCUCAAGGAGGCAGGAUAUGUGCCUGUAGGAGGUAACGAUCCAGCCUUGGACGACGCGUGGCUGCCAGAUCAUCCUUUGCUUCAAGUGGACGAGGACGUGAAGGCAGUGGUUGUGGGAUCCACGAAGAAGUUCAACUACAUGCGUGUAUCUACAACGUUGCAGUACCUCUUGCACAAGAACCGGUCUAUUCCGUUCAUCGGCACAAACAUCGAUAGAACGUACCCUGGGCCCAACGGCACCACGUUGCCUGCUGGAGGGUCGGUUGUCUUUUAUAUGAAGUUCACCGCUGAUAGAGACUUCAUUGAUGUUGGCAAGCCCAGCUUGAGACUCCUUGAUUCAAUCCUCAAGAACUGUCUGUUUGACCGCUGCAAAACUUUGAUGGUGGGAGACACUUUGUACACGGAUGUAAAAUUUGGCAAUGACGGAAAACUUGGUGGAGAAGCCGGCUCUUCGUUGCUCGUGCUCAGUGGAGGCACAUCUCAGGAGGAGGUUGACCAGUUGGAUGGAGAAGACCCCUCGACGGUGCCGCUGUACUACAUUGAGUCUGUGGGACAUCUUGUGGACCUUCUCAGAGGCUAG